CAUAAGUUUCAAACCCUAGUUUCACUAUCUGUCUAUCACUACUGGCCACCCUUUCAUCUCGGCGAUUUAGGAGCACUUCCAAAAUGCCGUUCAAGAGGUACGUGGAGAUCGGAAGAAUCGCACUUGUUAACUACGGAAAGGAUUAUGGAAAGCUUGUUGUCAUCGUUGAUGUCAUCGAUCAAAACAGGGCUCUUGUUGAUGCACCUGACAUGGUUAGAGGUCAAAUGAACUUCAAAAGGCUAACCCUUACAGACAUCAAAAUUGAUAUCAAGAGAGUCCCUAACAAGAAAAGUCUUAUUGCUGCUAUGGAGGCUGCUGAUGUCAAAAACAAGUGGGAGAACAGCUCAUGGGGAAGGAAGCUUAUCGUGCAAAAGAAGAGGGCAUCUCUGAAUGAUUUUGACAGGUUCAAGAUCAUGUUGGCAAAGAUCAAGAAGGCAGGUGUUGUAAAGCAAGAACUAGCUAAGCUUAAGAAGGAAACAACCGCCUAGUUUUAUCCUUUUCCUUGAGUUAUUAAAGAUUUUGUUUGAACUGCUGUUGAAAAAGCCAUUUUUGGUUUGCUCUAGAAGCUUGUGACUUUACCCUUUUGUUUCUUUAUGUAUUAAGAGGAAGUUUAGCUAUCAGUUUGAAGCUUAUGUUUAAAUGUUUAAAUUCCGUCCUGUUAUGAAAAUGCUUAAUUUCAGUUUA